GACUCCAGCUGAGCAGCAAGUGGAAGAAACAGCAGCAGCUCCAGAGCAAGACAUGAAGUUUCUUACUCUUCUCUCACUCCUGCUUCUUCUGGCUGCAGAUCUGCUGCAAGGAAUGGCAACCUCCAGCAGAGGACGCUGUCUGUGUGUCGGACCUGGUGCAUCUGCCGUCCACCCAAAAGCUAUUGCAAAAGUUGAAAUAUUUGGGCAAACCAGCAGCUGUGAGCAAGUUGAAGUGAUUGUCACACUGAAAGGGAACGGGAAAAGAAGAUGUCUGAACAACAAAUCCAAGCAAGCAUCACGCAUGAUACAGAAAUUAUUGAAAAGAAGUAAGUAAGAGCGGUGUCCAGAAAGGAAGACUAUGCAAAAUAACUCGUGGACAUGGCUGCCCAUGCCAUUUACCUGCUCAUAUGGAGGACAAGCACCUGGCAAACCUGACUGCUCACUGACGUGCUAUUCCGUUACUGCUAGUACAUCACGGUGUGUGGUUCACUCCAAAGAAGAUAAAAUAUUUGCAGCUGUUUUUCCAUGUGUCUUAACAUCUGUCAUCAAUUUUCACACUCGUUGUUUCCACUGUUGUUGUUUAGCCUUUGUCAGGGCUUUGGUUAUCAAAGACUUGAACGCACCAAAAAAGAUUUGCAAGGGCUUGCACUCCAUUAGGUCCUCUCUGUAUUUUCCUUAGAGAUGCUGUAGAUCUCUAUCCCAAAGAAACCAGCUGAGUCUUGUGGGUAAACCAUUUAUAUUCUAUGAAUACUCAGGAAGAACAUUCUCUUCUUCAAAAAACAUGCACGGGAACAGUGUUCCCUGUAAGCUGAGAGCUUGAGCAGCUGCCCAGGAUAGAGUCAAAUGCUACCUAGCUGACUGACACAGCACCCACAGCUGGCAGCAUAUGUUCCUAGUGGUGGUGCCCAUCCACACAUGCCUUGGUGCACAUAACAAAAUUUAUUCCACACAUGGAUGGAAAAAGUUAGAGGGAACAUUGAAAGGGAACUCCACAGUUAGAUAAAAACAUGCUUGAUACAAACUAACAAAAGCCAGCAAACUCAAGGUCAGAGUUUUAACCCUAGCUUUCACUCAUAGUACUGAUUGAUUUGUUUCACAAGAGAGUUUAAGAGGGAUUGUGACCCUCUGUUUUGGAUUUUUCUCUUUGUAUCAUUCUGAUUGUAACCUUGAGACAUAAUCUGUCAUGAACAGUGAGACAUAAGGUAUACCUGUCAAAAAGCAUACCUUAAAAUACAUACAGGUACAUUUUAUUUUGU